CUCUAUGAUAGAGAGAGAGAGGACAUUGGAGCCAGUCUCUAUGAUGGAGAGAGAGAGAACGAUGCGCAGCCUGGUGGACCUGCAGAGGAAGGUGGAGCAGAAACAACAGAGAGACAGAGAGAGACAAUUACUGAGGGUCCAGGAGCGGCUGACAAUCAUGCAGAACAAGAAGUCCCAGGAAGACCUGAUGGGCCUCAGACAGACUGACAGACUCAGACACCUCACACAUAACCUGCCCCAGGCGGAUAAGAGCCAGCAGAAGACAGUGGUCAGAGAGAGACUGGAGCAGCUGAGGAGAGAGCGCUCCUAUGUCAUGCAGUCCAAACGAGACAGGAAUACAGCAGGCUUCAAGGAGCUGCUGGGUCCAGUUGGACUCCACAGUGCAGAGACAGACGACACUGCUGACUCACUCAGGCUAGCCACCAACACAAGCUAAUUAUGCAUCUAUGUCACUAGAAAUUGGAUCAGUAUUUGCUGGUUAAAGUCCCGCUCCGGCUGUUCCCCCGCAAUCUGUCAGUCGCUACACUACUACCCAACCCGUUCACUAGCCAUACUGGUUUCAGUUCAGUAAUUU